AGCACCGUCAGCUUGACUCAGAAAUACGGAGUUUGCCAGAAAGUGGCAAUCGGAAAAGGCGCUACCUCUGUCGUACGUCUCGCUCAUAAGUGGGAUCGAAGCGAAGAGAAGUUGUAUGCCGUCAAGGAGUUUCGAAAGAGGCGAAAGAACGAGUCUGAAAAAGAAUACGUCAAGAAGCUCACAGCAGAAUUCUGCAUUUCUUCCACUCUCCAUCAUGUUAAUAUUGUCGAGACCGUAGACCUUGUUCAGGACGAGAAUCAGCAUUGGUGUGAAGUCAUGGAGUUUUGUCCAGGCGGUGAUCUUUAUGCUGCCAUAAAGAAGGGAGGCAUGUCCCCAAGUGAAGUCGAAUGCUGUUUUAAGCAAAUCAUCUCCGGCGUAUCCUAUCUCCACAGUCAGGGCGUAGCCCAUCGUGACAUCAAACCAGAGAAUCUCUUCUUCGAUACAAAGGGCCAUCUCAAGAUCGGCGAUUACGGCGCAUCAACCGUCUAUCGUCUCCCUUGGGAAACCACCAUACACAUGUCAACAGGCCUUUGCGGUAGUGAGCCGUACAUUGCUCCAGAGCAGUUUCUAGGCAAACCCUACGAUGCACGCCUCGUCGACAUCUGGGCCUGCGGCAUUGUGUACUACUGCCUCCACUUCCAGGAAAUGCCCUGGCGCGUCGCCCAAUCGUCCGAUACGCUCUAUGCCGCGUACGCCUCCGCAUGCUCUGCGCCACAGCCAUCGCCGUCGUCAUCGUCCGUCCAGAACUUCCCGCCGACGAUCAACAACCUCAGCCCUCGCGGGUGCAGGAGCCUGAUUCGCAAGAUGCUCGAGCCCGAUCCGAAGCAGCGCGCCCAGAUCGAGGCGGUGAUGGCCCAUUCGUGGAUGCAAGGCAUUGAAGUGUGUCAU